GGCUAACACAAGCUAAACGUGUCCAUGGAGUUGUCUACAGAAAUUUCUUCAAAUGUAGAAAUGCAGACAUCAAAUCAGAACAGAGCAACCUACGAGACCGAGGCUUAGAGAUUCAGUAGACGCGGAACCUCCAAGAAAAGGAAGAAGAUGGCCAUGGUGAUGCAACUACCUCGCCGAUCCUUUAAAACCCUUCUUGCAGGUGUCAAAGAAAUGCUGGGGAUAACGACCACGGGGAAGUCUACUCGUGUUUUAUCGAUUACAUUGACUGCAUCAUGGCCUUCACGCUCUUAUCUUUGGGCAAAUAAUGUUCAAUUGAGAAGCACACACAAGCUAUUGCAUACCAAUUCAAGAAAAAGCCUACUUUUUGGCGGUUCUGAAAAGUUUGUUCACACAAUAUGCCGAGUGUCAAUUCCUGGUACAACAGCAAGAAGUAACGAAAACUCUUCUUCACAUUUUUUGAGGGAAAAGAAGAUAGUUCCUGAUUCAGAUCCUCCAAGUAUCAAAGAUGUCAAUGAUUUGUAUCAAUUUUUUGAUCAGAGUAGCAAUCUCAUGGUGAUGACUGGAGCAGGAAUAAGCACGGAGUGUGGGAUUCCUGAUUAUAGAAGUCCAAAUGGAGCUUAUAGUUCUGGUUUCAAACCAAUUACACAUCAGCAAUUUGUUCGCUCAAGCCGAGCCCGUAGGCGUUACUGGACAAGGAGCUAUGCUGGAUGGAGACGGUUCACUGCAGCACAACCGGGUCCAACUCAUAUUGCUUUAGCAUCUCUAGAAAAAGCUGGUCGAAUAAAUUUUAUGGUUACACAAAAUGUUGACAGACUGCAUCAUCGUGCCGGCAGCAAUCCACUAGAAUUGCAUGGCUCAGUUUAUUCUGUUAUUUGUUUGGAUUGUGGAUCCUCCUUCUGCCGGAACUUAUUCCAGGACCAAGUGAAGGCCUUGAAUCCUAAGUGGGCUUCAGCAAUUGAAAGUUUGGACUGUGGCAACCCUGGGUCAGAUAAGAGCUUCGGCAUGAAGCAAAGGCCUGAUGGUGACAUUGAGAUUGAUGAGAAAUUCUGGGAAGACGAUUUCCAUAUCCCCACCUGCCAGAAAUGCAAUGGAGUUCUGAAGCCUGAUGUCAUCUUUUUUGGGGAUAAUGUCCCAAAGGAUAGAGCUUAUAAAGCAAUGGAGGCUGCAAAACAAUGUGGUGCUUUGCUUGUGUUGGGAUCAUCAUUAAUGACCAUGUCUGCUUCCCGACUUGUGAGAGCUGCUCAUGAAGCAGGUGCCUCCACUGCAAUUGUAAAUAUAGGGGAAACACGGGCCGAUAGUUUUGUUCCCUUGAAAAUCAAUGCUCGGUGUGGAGAGAUACUGCCAAGGUUGCUAGACAUUGGAUGCCUUACCAUACCAACUGUUCAAUGAGGCAAUUAUAAAGCAGCAAUUAGAUUAAUUCAGUUUAAUGGAAGAGACUGGAGAUGAUGUGCUGCUAUCACAUCCUCAGACCUUUACAUUUAACCAGGUGAUCUCCCUAUAUUAUCGCAAUUUUGUUGUUGCGGCUUCCAGGAAGACACACAGCCUGAGUAUGAAUUCAAAGAUAAGAGAUAUGGCAAUGCACAUGUGGCGAUCUACCAAGCACUUCUAAUAUAACAACCUGAUAAUCUCUGAAGAGAAGCUAUUGUGGUUCAAUCAUCAUAAAAAGGAAUUGUUCAUACUGAAGCUAUUUCAAAGACUUGUUACAUUAACCUGAAACCUGUAAAAAUGACAUCAUUCUAUUCGUCUUGAACCUGUCAUAAACAAACUCUUGUGCCCAAAUAUUUUGAUUGCUGUAGUUUUAUGUUGCAAAAUAAUGGGACCAUAUGUGGCCUUAUAGAAGAAUGAAUAAAUACUGAAUUUUUUGAAUCA